CACAAACUGAUCAACGCUCCCUCAGUUAACAACACAAAAUGGCAUUCAAAUUCGUAGCCUUCACCGCCCUUUUGGCCGCCGCCAACGCUGGGAUCAUCGGUACGCAAUAUGCCGCCGCCCCAUUGGCUUACUCUGCUGCCCCAGUAGCUAAAUUGGCUUACACCGCCCCAGUGGUAGCUAAGGUAGCUGAGGAAUACGACCCUCAUCCACAAUACUCUUACGGAUACGAUGUCCAAGACGCUUUGACCGGAGACAACAAGCAACAACAGGAAACUCGUGACGGAGAUGUUGUUAAGGGUAGCUACUCUCUGGUCGAUGCUGAUGGUUUCAAGAGGACCGUAGAAUACACCGCUGAUCCAGUCCAAGGAUUCAACGCCGUCGUCCACCGUGAACCUUUGGGAGUUAAAGUAGCCGCCCCAGUCGUCGCUAAAGUAGCUGCCCCAGUAGCUUACGCCGCUGCCCCAGUAGCUUACGCCGCUGCCCCAGUACAUUACGCCACUGCCCCAGUACAUUACGCCGCCGCCCCAGUCGCUAAAGUAGCCUAUUCUUCGCCAUUGGCUUAUGCCGCUCCAGUAGCUAAAGUAGCCUACUCCGCCCCAGUAGCUUACGCCGCCGCCCCAGUAGCUAAAGUAGCUUACGCCGCUGCCCCAGUAGCCGCCCCAGUGGUAGCUAAGGUAGCUGAGGAAUACGACCCUCAUCCACAAUACUCUUACGGAUACGAUGUGCAAGAUUCUUUGACCGGAGACAACAAGCAACAACAAGAAACCCGUGACGGAGAUGUUGUUAAGGGUAGCUACUCUCUUGUAGAUGCUGACGGUUUCAAGAGGACUGUAGAAUACACCGCUGAUCCAGUCCAAGGAUUCAACGCCGUCGUCCACCGUGAGCCUUUGGUAGCUAAAGUAGCUGCCCCAGUACAUUACGCCGCCCCAGUUGCCAAAGUAGCUUACGCUGCUGCCCCAGUACAUUAUGCCAAAGUUGCUGCUCCAGUAGCUUACUCCGCCCCAGUAGCUUACGCCGCCGCCCCAGUCGCCAAAGUAGCUUAUUCCGCUCCAGUUGCCUACGCCACUGCCCCAGUAGCUAAAGUAGCCUAUUCCACCCCAUUGUCCUACUCCGCACCAGUAGCUAAAGUAGCUUACACCGCUGACCCAGCUCACUACUACCACCACUAA